GUUCGUAAAAGUGAGCGGCUAUUUCGGAUUUACCGCCAAUAAAUCGUUGUCGGUUGUGUGGUGACGCCGCGUGGUUCGAUUUAACGUUGUUUUCUCAUCCGUUCGUGCUUUAAAGUUGUGAAUAUAUUUCGGUGUCUUGAAAGUGGAUUUAAUGUAAAGGUCUUGUGUGGUGAUCGUGCGCGGUAUAAGGGCCUUUUGCAGCCGCCGCCAUGUCGGACAGCAGGGCUUGGGAGGGUAACAAUAUGUGGUGGGCUAACCCGGAACAACAAAUUCAGAUGCAAGGGUCACCCUUGCAGAACCAACCAGGGUUGGAACACAACCCCGCGAUUAGUUCUUCCGGUCAAACUCCCCAAAAUCAAAUGUUUAGUUACAAGAUGGCCAGCACCUUCGAAAAUACUAACACUUCGAACUCGAAUUGUGAUACUCAGUACAGUAGUCAGCAGCAACAGCAAAUUGAUUAUAGUCAGCAGGGACAAUGGUGGGGAUUCCAGCAGAGCCAGCAAGAUAUGCAUGGUACUGGGUUGCAAGGGUUGCAAAAUAUGUCCAACCAGCAGCAGCAGAGUAUGCAGAAUCAUGGGCAACAGGACGCUCAGUCUAGACAGGAAGAAGCACAGAGACAAGAAGUAACCCGACAGCAUCAGGAGGCUGUUCAAAGGCAGCAGCAAGAGGAAUACAGGCAGCAUCAAGAAGCUAUCCAACAACAUCGUCAAGCAAUAGCCGAAGCUCAAGCCAGGCAUCACCAGCUACAACAGCAGACGCAUCAGUUGCAGCAACAACUUCAGCUGCAAAACAACCACCACCAGGUUUUACAGCAACAACAGCAGUUUACUCAGCCACACAAAGGCAGAAUGCCUAAAAAAGCGGACGCCAAACCAAGGGGUCGUAUGACCGCCUACGCGUUCUUCGUGCAGACCUGCAGGGAGGAGCACAAGAAGAAGCACCCCGAAGAGAACGUCGUCUUCGCCGAAUUCUCGAAGAAGUGCGCCGAGAGAUGGAAGACCAUGUUGGACAAGGAAAAGAAACGCUUUCACGAAAUGGCUGAGACCGACAAGAAGCGUUAUGACACCGAAAUGCAGAGCUACACACCCCCCAAGGGCGAAAAACAGAGAGGCAAGAAAAGGAAACAACAGAAAGAUCCUAAUGCACCAAAAAGAUCAUUGUCUGCUUUCUUUUGGUUCAGUAACGAUGAGCGUGCUAAGGUAAAGGCACAAAAUCCCGAAUACGGAGUCGGUGAUAUCGCCAAGGAACUGGGCAGAAGAUGGGCUGAUGCCGAUCCUGAGGCCAGGGCAAAAUUCGAAGCCUUGGCUGAUAAGGACAAAGCUAGAUAUGAAAAAGAAAUGACAGCUUAUAAAAAGAAAAACAACCCAGCUGCCCAACAGUCUGUACCUGAAGAAGAACCAGAGGAGGAUGAGGAAGUCGAAGAGGAGGAUGACGAUUAAACAAGCGACGUUUCGUUUUAAUCGCCCUCUCAUUCCCUCAGGUUUCAGACUGACCCCCAAACAUUGCCCUUAAUUAAUUAUUAAAUUAAAGUCUGUGUUAUUCCCGAUGUUUAUUUUAUACGUUUAAUACUAAAUUGUAUGUUAUACUGUCUUCGAGCCAUAAGGGUUUUAAUGAUUGGCAUUCAGUCGGAUUUUUGUAAAUAGUUAUCCCGUAGCAUUGUAAUUUUUUGUUCUUAAAAUAUGUUUUUUACCCAUUCAGUGUGUACUUAUAACAGAUUAUAAUUUCAGGAUUACUCAAUUUUGACAGAAAAUUUAAUUUGUCCCUUUAUGGGGUAAAUUUUACGUUUCUCUCUGUAUAAAGUCUUGACUUUUGAACUCUGUUAUCCAACUGACAGUUUGGGAGAAGCAUGCACAAGCCAGUUAUUUACAAAUGACGAUACUUUUCUAACGUAUAUAGUUGCUUAGACUUGCUUCAUGUUUGAACAACUUUUUUAAUAAUAUGACUGGUUCAUAUUAUAUUACUUGUCAUUGUUAAUAGUCUAAAAGUCACUGUAUUCGCUCAGUGUUUUGCAAUUAUUAUAGUAAUUUUUUAGUUUUUCAUUCGCCUAAUUUUUAAUUUACCUCAUAUAUCAGCUCCAAUAGAUUUCAAAUUUUGGUUUUUGCUAUGAAAAUUAAUCAUACCAGCAGCCAUGUAUCAUAACAAUUUGUACAGAUUAAAUAUAAUAAUUUAAAAUGGAUAGGUCAUUGUCAUCUUAAAUCUUAAUGCAUAAGGUGGCCUGUGAGUUUCGCCCAACCAUUGUAUGGUAUAAUAUAAAAGUUUUUCUGUAUCGCAGUGUUAUGUUGUCUUUUAUAUGGCCAAAAUUACAUUACUGUCCAAAUUUCUCUUGGUAAAAAGUAAAUAUCCUUUGGGAUUUCGGUUAAAUUCAACAUGUGUAAUUUUGGUCCAAAAAAAGAAAGCAAAGUAUUUUUUAGACGUAUUUAAUAAAAGAGAUAAAAUUACACUUUCCCUAGUGCAUAAGCAGAGCAUAUUUUUUUUAAUUAAUUUGACUUCAUUUAAAUAUAUUACAUUGAAUUGAUAACCAAAGUGGGGCAGCCGUCCUCUUAUUUACAUGUUAGUGAAUGUAUAUUCUGUCAUAACGAACAAUACUUUUUUAAAUAAUUAGUACAGACUGAGUUUGAAGUGUCUCUUGGAUAUAUUUAAUAUUUUUGCAAAUUUCAAUUUAAUAAUCUAUCUCAUAUUAUCGCCAAUAUGGUGUAACUCGAGAACAUGUAAAUUUUUGUAAGUGAAAUGUCUAUUAGUUUACUAUAUUUAAGUUAGUCAUUUAAAGAUAAUUUGUUAGUAUUUUUAAGGUACUCCAUGUGGAUCCAUUAAAUGGAACAUUUCACUUUCAUAGCUGCGCUCUGUUCUUAAUCGUAGGACCAGAUUGAUAUAGGAAACAAUGUUUGUUUUUUAUAAUGUCUAGGGAUGAAUAAAAAAAACAAUUAA